GGACGUCGAUAAGAUAGUGUUGGACAAUAAAUAGAUUGGUAUGCAGCAUAAAACCAAUCCAAUCAAUAUCAUCCUGCCCACCGUAGAGAGAGCUCCGGUUUCGCUUUAAAACUUUAAAAUUUGAAGUAAUGAUAUCCUCCGCUGGCGCUUCACCUCAACUCCUACGUAUCCCAGUCGUCGCGCAGCAAUUAAUGUUCCAAAAUUAGUUCCCCAACCAAUACGAUUAUUUAUCACCUUGUUGAUGGAGAAUGUUGGCUUCCCCUUUCUCCCAAGGAUCCUUCCUUCUAAAACUUAGAGUUCUGGGCUGCUCUUUAGUUUCUACGUUCCUUUGCAUCUGGGCUUGGAUCAGAAGAACACAAAAUGAUUCAAAGGUAUGGAGUUUGUUGAUAAGCGAGGAAUAUCAUGUUGCAGUGCCUAGAGGCGUUCAAGCAUUUAUUCGCUUUUCUUUUAAGGUGCUGUGAUGUCGACUUGUACAAGCCGUCAAAAGGCCUUGAGGAUCCUGAACGUUUAGCCAGGGAAACUGAGUUUAGUGCAAGUGAAAUAGAAGCAUUGUAUGAGCUCUUUAAAAAGAUCAGUAGUGCUGUGAUUGAUGAUGGGCUGAUCAACAAGGAGGAAUUCCAAUUGGCUUUAUUCAAGACUAACAAGGAGAGCUUAUUUGCUGAUCGGGUAUUUGACUUGUUUGACACAAAACACACUGGAAUUCUAGGAUUUGAAGAGUUUGCACAUGCUCUCUCGGUCUUCCAUCCAAAUGCUUCAAUGGAUGAUAAAAUUGAAUUUUCUUUCAAGCUGUAUGAUCUCAAGCAGCAAGGUUUUAUUGAAAGGCAAGAGGUAAAGCAGAUGGUAGUGGCUACACUUGCUGAGUCUGGCAUGAAUAUAUCAGAUGAUGUCAUAGAAAGUAUCAUUGAUAAGACAUUUGAGGAAGCUGAUACCAAGCAUGAUGGGAAGAUUGACAAGGAAGAGUGGCGCAGUCUUGUCUUGCGGCAUUCCUCUCUGUUGAAGAAUAUGACCCUCCAAUACCUCAAGGACAUCACAACUACAUUCCCAAGCUUCGUGUUUCACUCUCAAGUCAACGAUACAUGAGCUCUUGAUUUGGCCCAGCUCUUAUUUGGAGUUCAUUACAAUGGUUUGCAUAGAAUUACUGGAUUUUAAUACCGUGUUCGUUGCAAAUUACUCAGGAGAAUGUUAUAUGAUGGUGUUGUUGGUUUCGAAGAUCAAUGCUGGCAUCCAGUUUCUUUGUUCAACCACAAUGCGCUGAUAUUAGGAAGUUGCUGAAACAUUGGUAUUGACAAGGCCUUUAUACACAUAACUGAAACAGUGGUAUUCACAUGGCUUAAUUACAUAAACAAAAGUUACUAUGUCAUCCCGUCGCCCUGCCAUUACUAAAAUUACUGAAUAUAUUGCUUUCUAUCUCAAUAGACCAUGCGAAGUUGGAUGCUUCUUGUACGGAGCAAUUACAUCUGGCAUUACAACAGCUUUUAUUUAUUGUAUUCUUAGUGCGCAAGCCAUGGACCGCUGAGCAAUGGUGUCAUUGGGUAUUGAUUAUGACCAAAUGCCUUGUAGCCAUGCUUGCCGAUACUGCCACGACGUGUAUCUAG